GGCCCGGGCUUCUCUUCAUCCCCCUCGAGUGUGAUAUGAGGCCGUACGUGUAUCUUGGGAUCAUCCUCUUUUGUCUUCACACAGCCAAUAGCUUGAGGUGCGCAAAGUGUGUGAGCAAGAAAGGAAACUGCAAUGAGACCGAAGUGGAAGCGUGCAGUUCAUAUCAAGAUGCUUGUUUCUUUGAAGUUAAGGAUUUUAUUGGUGUGAGCGGAACGACUGUGAAACGGGGUUGCACCACUGCAAACUAUUGCCGCCGCUACCCUGGAGGGUAUAAGGGACAUCUGGACCGGACAAUGUAUUGCUGCUCUUCGGACCUCUGCGAACCUGUGGAUUAUCACCACAGCCACACCGGAGCAGAAAACAGCAUGGCGUGCCAGAGCUGUAUUGGAAACGAAGCAGAAUGCGGCCAAAACGCUUGGUCAGAGCCGUGCCAUGGGAAUGCCGAUCGGUGUAUACAGAUUUCCCAGCGCUUCCUCCCAGGUGAAGAACUAGAACCCAUUAUAAAAGGAUGUGGAGACAGUUCCUUUAGGGACACUCUGGUGGCUUACCAGAUCGGGAAAGAUUUCGCCUAUGUUGAGCAAAACGUCUGCGGUCUGAGGAACUGUAACAACAGGAGUUUCCCAGACAUAUCUCCUGGACAACCGAACGGAUUAAAGUGCUACACCUGUCGAGAGACAGGGAAGGGGGAGUGUGACCGUGAGAGGCUGCAGCUUUUGAACUGCACCGGGAUCAUGGAUCGGUGUGUGCACAUCAUAAGCAAAGACCGUGACGUGCCGACAACUAUCCAGAAGGGUUGUGCCACAGAGUCGAUGUGCACCAGCUAUUCCGAUAUCUAUUAUAAGCUGAUGAGGCAGGAUUCGUACCCUACCUGCUGCAAGAAGUCCUUCUGCAACCGAGCAGGAGAUCAUUCUGGUCCAGAGAGGCUGCUGGCAGUGGCGGGUGUUGUCCUGUGGCUGGCGCUGAUGGCUGGGAAAUAGCUGGAGUUUGCUGGAUCAUCCUUCUUUUAAAAAAGCUUGAUGACCCUGGGUGCUUAAAGCUGCCCGGGUGAAAUCGAUUGUUGGCAUUUGGCACAUCUACAAGUCACUGUGACAGUUGCACUACUUAGUGUAGGUAUUGGAUACUGAGAUAGAUAUAUAAUGGGCAACAUUUCACGUGCACAAAGAGAAAGGGGACAAGAUGGAAAAGAAGCUUAGAAAUGUCCUGUGGAAAGUCACGACUUUCUGCAGGGUUCAUUCUGCCCACUAGAGGGCCGCAAAACCUGCAUUAAGGAGAUGCAAGUUUGCAUUUUCAAAUUAUGACUCCAGGAACCUCAUCUUAUGCUUUGGCAGCCAGACUCUCCAACUAAACCCUUUGUUUAGCUUCCAGUGAUCAGUCUCAAAACAAAGCAUGUGAAAUGCAAAUGACAUAGCUAUGAAACUAAUUUGCUGUGACAAACAGAUAUCUUUCACCCCAUGGGAGAGCACCUCUGUACCAAAUGAGAUAAAUGUAUCAUCUAGUCUGGUCCUCUAACAACUUUCAUUGGCUGGUAGGUGUGGAUCAAUAUGUCGUGUGUGAUUCUGCUCCGGUUCUCAUUUUUCUAACAUUAAAUAUGUUUCCUCACA